UCUUCGGCCCUCGCGACACCGUUCAUCGGCAUUUGAGCAUCCUGCUCACGGCUUAUGACCUCUCAAAAAACUGGGUGUAGCAGGAUCUUCCGAGGAUCUUACUAAAGGGUUAUACGUGAACAUCGGCGUUCACAAGGCCGACAGCAUGGCAGUUGGGAGCGGUAGGCCAAACACCCGGGAACAGGUGGCAAUCCUGGAUAGUGUAUGUGGGUAAUCAAGCUUUCAUUCUGCAUCCUGGCUCCGAUCUUUUGGUGUUGUAUAAAGGUGGUUACGCCCCGCUCAAAGUCGUAUUCAAUGUUUGGGUUUCUCUCUCCUCUGUUUGCUUCACCUCUCGUCGUGACCGUUGCUUUCGCGAGAGCCUCGUGAUCUGAUCCCCUUCCUCUCAAGACCGAGAUCCCGAUUACGGAACCUUCGCUCCUAGUUCUAGUUCCAGCUCGCGGUCCAGCAAGAUGUCUGCCGAUGUUGAUGGUAAGCUCGCUAUCGAUCACAUCUCAGACGACAAUAUUCCGACAACAAAUGACCCUGGUCAUGGCGCAUCGCACUCAAAACUCGAACCACCCGCGAUGGUUGCUGCAAUGUCUCAGGAGCAGAGAAUCGAGGCUGAGAACAAGUUGAGGAGGAAGAUUGAUACGAGACUACUACCGAUGAUUAUUCUGAUGUAUAUCAUGAAUUACUUGGAUCGGAAUAACAUUGCAGCGGUGAGGUUGGCUGGCCUGCAGGAUGAGCUCCAGUUAUCAAGUACGCAAUAUCAAACGAUUAUUUCGAUUCUGUUCGUAGGGUAUAUCUUGAUGCAGAUUCCGUCGAAUUUGUUCCUUAACAAGACAGGCCGACCAGCCAUCUAUCUCCCCACAUGCAUGAUUAUUUGGGGUAUAAUUUCCGGAGCUACAGGCGCCUGCCAGAACUUCGGGGGCUUGGUAGCAUGCCGAUUUUUCCUCGGGUUCAUCGAAGCUGCGUAUUUUCCCGGCUGUCUUUUCUACCUCUCGUCUUGGUACACUCGAAAAGAGUUGGGUUUUCGCACUGCAGUCCUGUACUCUGGGUCACUUGUGUCGGGAGCUUUCGGUGGUCUCGUAACUGCUGGGAUUACAAGCAAUAUGAAUGGCACAAAAGGGCUCCGCGCUUGGCGGUGGGUGUUCAUCAUCGAAGGCGUCAUCACGGUUAUUAUUGCUUUCACAGCUUUCUUCAUCUUGCCCAACUUCCCACGAACGACGCCCUGGCUCACGGAAGAAGAGCGCCAACUUGCUGUUUACCGUCUUCAAGAAGACGUCGGCGAAGACGACUGGACAUCGUCAGCCUCGCAAUCGUUCUUCCAUGGCCUAAAGCUCGCCCUCCUCGACAUCAAAACCUGGGUCCUAACUGUCCUCCUUCUCUCCAUCGUCUCCUCCGCCUCCGUUACAAACUUCUUUCCAACUGUCGUCAAAACCCUCGGCUACGGCAAUGUCGAAACCCUCCUCCUAACCGCCCCACCCUACGUCUUAGCAGUCAUAACCACCUACCUCAACGCCUGGCACGCCGACCGUACAGGAGAACGCUUUCUCCACAUCUCCCUCCCACUUUGCGUCGGCGUUGCGGCCUUCAUUCUCGCCGCCGCCACCCACUCCACCGCACCCCGCUAUGUCGCCAUGAUGCUUAUGGUACCCGGCGUCUACACCGGAUAUGUCGUUGCACUCGCCUGGAUCUCCAAUUCACUGCCCCGGCCAGCGGCAAAGCGCGCAGCAGCACUCGCAUUCAUCAACGCAAUCUCCAACACCUCCUCCAUCUACGCAAGUUAUAUGUAUCCCCAGCCGAAAGGUAAAAAGCAGCCAGAUUUGACAAUUCCGCUAAGUGUGGAUUGUGCGACGGCGGCGUUGGCGAUUAUUAUGGCGGCGGUGAUGAGAAUUAUUUUGACGAGGUUGAAUAAGAAGUUGGACAGAGGUGAGCAUGUGGAAGGCGCGAUUAAUGGAGUGCCCGGGAUUGCGCAAGAGUUUGGGUUUAGGUUUUUGGUGUAAGUUUGGGAAGUGCUGAGAGUCAGAGUGGGUGUGGGAUCGAGAGGGCUGUGUUGCGGGAUGUGUGGGAUAUAGAUGGAUUGGGAUUCAUGGUUAGUGCGAGAGAGAGAUGAACUGGUUUCAAUGAAAUUUUUGAGCUUUGUUGAUACUCCUACGAUUUAGAAAUGUUAGAGUCAAUUGUGUUGUGACUUUGCUUCUGCUG